CAAGUAUGACUAUGUUUGCUCGAGCCGUGUCUGUGGUAGUCGUUAUCGCGCUGUGUGUGGUUGAUGACGUCAGUGGCUGUUCGUGUUCCAGGCCGGGACCAGCGACUGAUGUGAUGUGUCGUCAAGAUAGAUUCGUGGUCAAGGGAACGGUGAAUGACGUCAAGAUAGAUUCGGACAAUGUUGGAUACUACUACAUAACAGUAGAAGAAGUAUUUUGGCUGCCAGCCGAGGGUGAAGACAAUUCCACCAUCACGGUGAUAGCGUUCGUCCCCAACGGAUUCUCGUGUUCAGCGUCCUUCGACAAAGGUCAAACGUACCUCUUAACAGGUUCAUACUAUAAUGGUCGUUUCGUGACAUCCUACUGCCACAGAUUAGCCAAGUGGGACGAUGUUCCGAGGAAUGAAAUCGAGGCUCUGAGGAAUUUCCCAUCAUGCAUUUCGCUUAACCUAGAUGAAUUUCAAAGUAACUGAAAUUAUUCUAUUAAAUUUCUAUUGAAAUGUU